AUGGAAGUAAUAACGGGUUUAGAGCAGACGAUCGACGACGAAACUGCUCACAACAUGACACUGAGUCAAGCAAAACAACUAUUACAUAACCCUCGGUCUCGUCGCGUUGUAGCUCUGGCCUCGGGGAAGGUUGGCGUAUGCGAAGUCGGAGAUCCUAAUGGAAAUCCCGUAAUAUGGCUUACUGGAAACAUGGGACCCGCCAUGACAAUCCUCUUGUACGAAAAUAUUGCAAGAAGACACCGAAUACGACUUAUUUCUAUCGACAGGCCGGGCUAUAACGCAACCCAAUUCACACCUGGCCUUCCUCUAGUCUUUGAAUUUGUCGACGUAAUCAAUGAAGUCACGUUAUUCCUUGGCAUAUCUCGAUUUGGUCUUGCCGCUUUCUCGCUUGGCGCUGUUUAUGCUUUCGCGUUCUCGCUCUGGUACCCCGAACGCCUAAGGGGCACCAUGCACAUGGUCAGUCCCUGGCUAUCGACCUCCACACCCGGUGCAUCGUCCAAACUAAAAUCAAUCGCUCGUUACGCACCAAAUUUCCUGAUUCGCACUACACUAUACACCGUUCCUACAAUGGGCCAGUUUUUUUAUAAUCUUUGGGGCACCAUCGCUUCUCUCGGGUCCUCAAACAGCGAUAAGAUGGAUUUGGAUGAUAAAAAGAGUAAUUCUGCGGCUGCUACCUCUGCGUUUCAGAUCGCUCCAGGGAGGAGCUAUAUAUACAAUGAAGUAUAUUCGAAUGCAUUAUCUAAUAUACAGAAUGGGAAGCAGGGUCCGCACAACGAUUGGACUGUUGCCUUAGAGAGAGAGCCAUGGGGAUUCUCUUAUGAAGAGACGACUUAUCCUGCUAAAGUAUUCAUGGGUGAUUUGGAUGAGGAUGUGCCCAUAGGUGCAUGGAGAUACAUGAGUCAGCGGAUGGAUAAUGUCGAAUUGAAGAUUAUUCCUGGUGGCAAGCACUAUUUAUUGUAUCGUAUGGAUUUUAUGGAGGAUUUGUUUGAGAUGGUUGCAAAGGCUGUACGUGAAGAGUAG